UCACACCAUAAACACAAAAAAUGAAAUUUAAAAGAAAAAUCACCACUCCUCCUCCUCCUCCUCUUCUUCUUCUUCCACCUCCUCCUCAUAUUACUUGUCGCCCUUAAAGAUUUUGCUUUGAUCCUUUGCCUUCUUUAGGACUCUCAGCUCCCCUCCCCUUCCAAUCCUCAUAAAAGGCCUUUCCUUCCUUCCUUCCUUCUAGGUUGGGUUCUUCUCUUUUUUUGGCUUAUUUUUGUAGAGAGAGCUAGCAGAACGGAGAGAUGGUGAGGGGGAAGACCCAGAUGAGGCGCAUCGAGAAUGCGACGAGCAGGCAGGUAACGUUCUCGAAGCGGCGCAACGGUCUCCUGAAGAAGGCGUUCGAGCUGUCCGUGCUCUGUGAUGCUGAGGUGGCCCUCGUGAUCUUCUCUCCCAGAGGGAAGCUCUAUGAAUUCGCUAGUUCCAGCGUGCAGGAUACAAUAGAGCGCUACAUGAAGCACACGAAAGACAAGCGAAAGGAAGAGAAGAGAUCAACCGAACAUGAAAUUCAGCUAUACAAGCAAGAAACUGCAGAUCUAAUGACCAAGAUAGAGCUCCUUGAGGCUUCAAAAAGGAAAUUACUAGGAGGAGGUCUGGGUGAUUGCUCCAUUGAAGAACUCCAACAAAUCGAACAACAGCUGGAAAUGAGCGUCAGCAAUAUCCGAGCACGAAAGACUCAGGUGUUUAAGGAGCAGAUUGAGGAACUAAAAGAAAAGGAAAUGGUUCUAACCGCCGAGAAUGCAAUGUUAUGUGACAAGUGCGGAGUUCAGCCGCAGCAAGAAGCAGCCAAGGAGCUGUUCGGGUGGAACAGCUCGUCGUCGCUGAGGGAGAGUAGCAGCGGAGUCACCUCAGAAGACGUAGAGACACAGCUCUUCAUCGGGCCGCCUCCGGGGAGGUAAAUGGCAACGGCCAUCAUCUACUUGAGGGUCCUUUUGGGGUACGGGGCCUCAUAUUAGAUCAUGCAAUUACUGCUAAUUAAAUCGGCCGCAAUAGGGUCCUCUUCGUCCUUUUCACUUAACUACUUUUUUAUAUAUAUAUUAUUAUUAUUUAAAUUUCGUUGUUUGACCAGAAAAAAAUGGCAAGGUUUGACUACUGAAGAAAUAAUCACAAAUGGGGUCAAAAUCAAAUAUUUAUAGGGUAUGGCUCGUUUGUAAUUUGAUUAGCUGGAUAAGUUUCGUUUAUGUUAUGGGGAAAGGAGGGGUUGGAAUUUGCUGUUUAUGUAAUUAUUCGCUCAAAUGGACUGCAAUGCCUUUUAGUAAUUAAAAUAUUCAAUACCAAGGAUCAAUAUUUUUGUA